UCUCCCAUCACCCUAACCCCAGUUCAGCAUCGCCCAUCGAUCGUCUCUGCACAUCCACUUGCUGCUCGUAUAAACCUCGAGUGCACCUCGCUAAAUAACCCAGAUACCAUAGACAUGGCCGACGCAGAGCAGACGCAAUCUCCCGCGGAGAUCCCACCAGCUGAGCAGGCCAGCGAUGCCGCCAAAGGCCGCAGAGAAGGCCGCACGUCAGGCUGAGCUCGACGCGCAAAAGGCUGCCGCGGAGGUCGACUUUGCCACCGAGUUUUAUGGGAAGCUCCCGCUCAACCAGUCCCAGACGCGCCCCCGCCGGCCGCACACUCACAUCGCCGAUCUCAAGCCUGAGAUGGACGGCCAGCAGGUUCUCUUCCGCGCACGCAUGCAGGCGUCCCGCGCCCAGGGCAGCAAGAUGAUCUUCUUCAACUUCCGCCAGCGCAUCGACACCGUACAGGGCCUCCUCAUCGUCUCCCCGGGAAAGGUCAGCAAGCAGAUGUACAAGUGGGCCGACAGCCUCCAGCUCGAAAGCAUCGUACUCGUCGAGGGCACUGUCAAGAAGGCCCCGGAGCUUAUCAAGAGCGCGACGAUUCAGGAUGUCGAGGUUCACCUUUCGCAGAUCCACCUCAUCUCUGGACUUACUGCUGUUUUGCCGUUCACGGUCGAGGAUGCAGCGCGUCCAGAGACGGAGAUUGUUGGGACGGACGAUGAAGUGCGGAACAAGCGCGUCCUCCUCGACACCCGUCUCAACAACCGUGUCGUCGACUUGCGGACACAAACAAACCAGGCCAUCUUCAAGCUGCAACACGCCAUCGGCAUACUUUUCCGUGAAUUCCUCGAGGGACUGGGAUUCACGGAGAUUCACAGCCCGAAGCUCCAGGGCGCCGCAACGGAAUCGGGCGCGUCUGUCUUCCAGGUCAGCUACUUCAAGGGCAAGGCCUUCCUCGCGCAAUCGCCCCAGCUCGCAAAGCAAAUGGCGAUCGCGGCCGACUUCGAGCGCGUGUACGAGAUCGGGCCCGUCUUCCGCGCAGAGGAGAGCAACACGCACCGGCACAUGACCGAGUUCAUCGGGCUCGAUCUCGAGAUGGCCAUCGAGGAGCACUACCACGAGGUCAUGGAGCUGCUCGACUCGCUCUUCGUGCACAUGUUCCGAUCCCUGCGGCAGCGAUACGCAAAGGAGAUCGAGACCGUGCGCAUACAGUUCCCUGCGGAUGAGUUCAAGUGGCGCGAGGGCCCCGAGGGGACACUCAAGCUCAGUUUCAAGGAGGCGGUAGACUUGCUCGUCGAGGAUGGUGUGCCGAGGGAGAAGUUGGACGAUAUCAACACUGAGAAUGAGAAGCGCCUGGGGAGGAUCGUCCGCCAGAAAUAUGAUACCGACUACUUCAUCAUCGACAAGUUCCCCAUGGCACUUCGGCCCUUCUACACCAUGCCCGACCCAAAUGACCCGACGCUCUCCAACUCCUACGACUUCUUCAUGCGCGGCGAGGAGAUCCUCUCCGGUGCGCAGCGGGUGCACGACCCGGCGCUGCUCGAGGAGCAAAUGCGCGCCAAGGGCGUCGACCCCGCGUCAAUGAGCUACUACGUCGACGCAUUCCGGCUGGGCUGCCCGCCACACGGUGGAGGCGGAAUCGGCCUCGAGCGCGUGCUCAUGCUGUUCUUGAAGCUGAACAACAUCCGCCGCGCAUCGCUAUUCCCGAGAGACCCCAAGCGGCUCGAGCCGUAGGCGGGCGUAUCUGUGCUAAGAAGGUGCUCGUGGCGGACGCGUACACGCAGUAGAUGAGAAUGUAAUGAUCUGAACCGGUGAUGUAGUGAACCGUAAAUUGCAUUGUACCAGUGUCAGCCUCAAUCGCA